UUCUGUCAAGUUGAAAAAUCGGACCGAUAAGAGACGAAGCAACUUGAAACCGUUAGUCUUCGUUCUUCGGUUGGUGUUGCAAUGAUCCUGAGACAUAGUCGUGUAGAGUGACGUGUAACCGUGGAGCCUUUGCGUCGACGAAAAGAAUGGUGGCUUUAGAGUCGAUUUCUCAGUUACCUAAGCACCCGUGGAACCUAACGGACGACGUAAUUCUCUCGUUAGAUCUCGAAUCCAUGACCCCUCUACCAUCGCUAAACUUCCCACCCUUGGUAGAUGGGUGCAAACCGAGAGAGAGAAAGGGUUGAUCGCAACGUGCGAGAAGCGACCCACCGGAGGCGAGUUUAGUCGUCCGGGGCUCUCGAAAGUCACUUAACUUAGAUUGCACGAGCGAAAUGACUUUAGUUCCCCUGGAAAACUUCGUUUCGCUGGCAGAACGUUGCUUGAAAGCACCCACCAAAAAAGGGCUUGCUCUGGGGAAGAAUGCAGCGGUGACAGAGAGCGAAGCACCCUGUGUAUCAAAGGGAGCAUGUCACUAGUAUGAUAUCGAAUUGCGUAGUCAUACGUGAAGCCAGACAGAUGAUGCACCGAUCGCCCGAGGCAAUUCAGAUCUUCGUGUACCCAGCUUGUCUAUGAGAUUUACCGUGAACCCAGACGAGAUACGUACGUGCAGGGGAGGCCGGUCUACCAGAGGAAUUCGUAGAUCGCGAUCCAGAAGAUAGGAAUGGUGGAAAGAAGAAGGAAAAAGGGAAAAAGAAAUAGAAGCGGAGAGCAUAGAGAGGAAAAGUCUCGGAGGGAUUCGGGGUUACAAAAUCCGUUCGUGAAAUAUCCACGGUUAUUUUGCAGUAUAUAGCCCCGAGAUACGAUCUUAUCGUGUGACAAACGUAGCGACAAUAAUCGUUGGAUAAGUUUCCUCCGGAAGCAGAUUGUUAGUGGGUCGAUCGUGUCGGUGCGCACCCUUGGAAUCCUUGCCAAGGAGGAUCUUUGUAGUUGGGGAUUAAGGAGUGAAUGAAACACAGAUUAAAAUGAAACUUGGUAUUUCCUGUUCGGGAUAAUUACUGUUUGAGAAGUGAAAAUUGAGGUUACAACAAGCUGAAGAAAUGCAAUUUCAUAUUGAAAAUUAACCAAGUGAAUGCUUUUUUCUUUGAAAAUGCUGAAUGGAAAAUUUGUUGAUAACAACAGAAUUCUGUUAAGGGACGACUACACGCGUCGUGGUUUGAUUAAUUGAUUCACAGAGACGAACUGAAAGGUCUCAAAGCUGAGCUGUACUACGUCCGAGAAGGGGUGGUCAAUACCUACGCGAUGAACUUUGUCGUGCCGGUACCUUCGAACAUUGCAGAUCUUGAAUUCUCUUGGCAGAGUCUUGCUGGACAUCCGUUACCCUACUCGAUGGAGUUGGAUUACGACGUGGUAGGUGUUCCGGGUGGUGUUUCCGGAAUGAUGGCGCUGCUUACUCCGAGAGUGAACGUAUCAGCCAGAGGGGAAGUACCAGUUACCUUGCAGGUCUUUAGGAUCAGGCUACCCUGUUCGGGUCUCGUCAGUGCUGAAAUUCCUUUGGCUUUGAGGCUAAAUGUCACUGCACCACCUAAAUACAACGACACUAUUCUUGUUUUCAAGAGGAACAAGAUUUGUUUGCAGGGGGUUGAAGCACCGCCAAGGAACGACUCGGUUCGUCUCGAGCCAGGACCGCUGGUGAACGGUGCUGGAACACUUUACGUCGCCGCAACGUGUGCGUGCGCCUUAAUAUUAGUCGUCGGCAGCGUAGUAAGCGCCCUGUAUAUUCGCAACAGCAAGGCUCGUAUUCAAGAGUCGCAGAAAACACUGCCCUGUUGCAGCUAUUCAGCGGCAGACACCGGUGGUCUGGCGAGAAGUUCUGUUCUGGUUAGAGUCGACCCACGACCCGGAAGCGCAAAUUCCGGAAGUUACGCGACCAUUGCCGACCUGGAGCCACUCUAUGCGAGACCUUGCGGUUCUAGAGCGAGUUACUACGCUUCGAGCCAUAUGACGCAUCUGAGUCAGUCGACAGACCCUUGCGAGAAAGCCAGGGCACUUGCUGUGUCAAGGUCCGCGUUGUACUGUCGCAAUCUUAUACAAGAAGGCACAUUUGGUCGCGUUUACAAGGGCACGUUGGAUUUGGCAGGUCGCGAGCAAGAAGUGAUCAUAAAGACAGUCACAGAAGUGGCGUCAGCUUAUCAGGCGUCUUUGCUGGUGGUGGAGGGUUCCCAGUUGGCGGGAUUAGUGCAUGCAAACAUAGCUUCUCUCGCAGCUGCUUGCCUGGAUAGCUCUUGUCCAUUAUUGGCAUACACAAGUACGCCGGGAGUGUUGAAUUUAAAGCUGUACCUUACCGACGGCAACCAUCAUCCUGUCACCAGGGAUUUGGUGCACGUUGGCGCCCAAGUUGCCAGGGCAGGGGCAUUCUUGCACGGUAGAGGUCUCUUACACAGGGACAUCGCUGCAAGAAAUUGUCUGAUCGAGCCAAGCAGCCUUCAUGUGCAAUUAGCUGAUACAGCUUUGGCGCGAGAUCUUUUCCCUCAGGAUUACCACUGCCUCGGUGAUAAUGAGAAUAGACCCAUCCGGUGGAUGGCUUUGGAAACACUCCAGCACAAUCAGUACAGCACUGCAACGGAUGUGUGGUCAUUCGGGGUGUUCUUAUGGGAACUGGCGACGAUGGGUCAACAGCCGUACGUCGAAGUGGAUCCAUUCGAAAUGAUGGCGUGUCUUCGCGAUGGUUACCGACUGGUUCAACCAAGACCAUGCCCAGACGAGCUUUUCGCUGUGAUGGCCGUCUGUUGGUUAGGUCUUUCCAGAGAUCGACCAACCAUGCCUCAGCUUCUCGCUUAUUUACAAGACUUUCACGACGCCCUGGGUGGCUUCAUAUAAAUCGCCCAAAUCCGAAAUGUUUCUUUUUCGCGCGAUUCAAAAUCGUGUCACGGAAGUUUUCUGUGCAGGAUUCCAGCAGGAGCUUUGCACCGAAAAAGAUUCAACGUGAUCCGAGGUCGAAACGAAGACACGACUUAAAAGACUUUGGUUGAAAAUAGGUCGGCAAGAGAUGAAAGCGAUAAGUACGUUCCAAAGGCUGCAGUAUCCAAUCGAAACGAGAAUCAAAAAACGAGAAUCAAAUCGUAUGGAAUUAAAAAAAAAGAACUGUCCAUUUGUGACUGUGAUCCAGAACCUUCAAGGAGGGACGCAUUUUCCUUCGAAACAGUGUUGGAGAAUUGGAAUAAGUAAUCUGAUAAACUUUCAGAUUUAACGUUAUUCGUCUAAAUUCAGAUGAAUUUUUAUUUGAAUAUUUAUUCGUCAAUGAUAAGUAAUUUAUUUAUCUGUAUUAUAUUAUAUUGUAGAUAUUUCUUUGACAAUGAACAUUUUAGUAAACGUUAAAUCUAAAAGUCGAGGAAUCGACGUGUUUGGAAAGAUACACGUCUAAUUUAUUUGGAUGAUUAUUUUAAACAAAUAUUUAUUCAAAACACUUGAAACGAUGGGCAACACUGUUUCGAAAUUCCCUUCCAAUAACAGCAGAGAAUCAAAACAGAGCACGGUUGAUCGAACGAUAGCGCAAUUUCGUGGAUUGAAAUGAUUCGAUUCUGGACAAAUAAGCGAACACCAGCGACCGGAUCGGUCAUGGAACAAAAAGGUUGACGCGGAUACAUCCGUCCAUAGUAAUUAAAAGUAUAACUCGAAACGCAUGAAGGAAUUUUUUUUAUAAAAGCGACAGACACGACGCCUGUGGCUUUGCAACCAACUCUGUUCGUUGUACAGCACCAUCGUUGCACAGGCGCGCUUUUUCCACAAUUAUUUUUUUCUACACUUCUUUUCCUUUUUUCCAAUGGUUUCCAAUGUAGCAAGCUUUCGACGAUCUCGAAACGAAUAGCAAUGAAUACCAGUGGCUCUCAAUGAAUAUUUCUUGAAAAUAUUCCAGAAACAACAAUCAUUUUUGCCUCGAAGAAAUUGAGAAUGAUACAAACGCUUUUGAAUGUAUUUCACAAUUUACCUUUUAUAAGCUUGCAAAAUUUUCUAAAAAGCUCUUCGACUUCUGUUGUAGCUAACAAAUCUUCACGGUGUAUAUAUAUUAUUUCUCUUUUCCGAACACCCUCUCUAUUAAACACGAUUCAAGAUACUACGAUACUUUCGUACGCACAGCGUGACUUAGACCUGUUUAAGUGUAACUAUCCGAGACAGUAUUGCUAUAGCGAAAUCUCCGGAUAAUCGGUAACCGGAAACAAAACUCGGUACGCGUAAAAUAUCUUAUUGUGCUUGACCUUCGUUAGGCAUAUACCUAGUGUUGCGUAAAUGGGCGGUCGAACUGUACGUACCGUAGUAGUUAACUACACCGUACAAGUCACUUGAAAUAUCCGCAUCUCGCGUGAAACGUGCAGGAACAACGGCAGGAUAUGACGCGAGAUGGUACGAUACACAGAUUUAAAAAAAAAAAAAAAGAAGAGGAUAAAAAAGAAUGUACUCGAUGUGUAAAUGUCGCAUGUUCCUGACUUUACGAAUCAUUAACCUUUAUCGCACUCGUCUCCCUUUCAUCCCUGAACUUCCCUUUUUCGACUAUAUCCCCCGACGCAUCGUAAAAAUGCUGAAUCUAUCACGUCUCACCUUCAUAACUAUUGCUACGAGCAUUUCACUACUACUAUAAUUAAUACUAUCUAUUUAAAGUAACUAUCGCUCGCUAUUUACUUGCGACGUCUCUAAGGUCUCGUUUAUUUUACGAAAUCGUCGUCCCUAUGGUGUAUAUCUGGUAUUCGUGGAUUUCUUGAUAUAUUUUCCUUAUUUCUUAUGGAGGAACAGGGUAGGCUUAGCGCUGCACACUUUUUCGCUGUUACUUAAAACGUUGGAUGCCCACGCGUAUCCGCGCCGAUAUUAUCCUAAUUUCAUUUCCCUGCUUUCCUACUAGGAUUCUCGCAGAGAAAAAAGAAAAGCAAAUAUCAAAUCGACGACAGAGAAGUCGGAACGUUAUCAUUUUACGAUUCCGCCUCCCGUUGAUGAACGCAAACCGAAAACCUCAUCGACAAGACAAUUCCAAGUCACUGUAAAUAUCUCUAGCGAAUAAUAGUGGUGCGCCGAGUGAGUUGAUUUGUGCAGAUUCUAUUAUUUCCUACGACGAUUUAUGGCAUUAUUUUUCAACGGAAAGUAAAAUAUACGUGUUAAGAAAAAAAAA